UGAUUAAAUCUAAUUGCUCAGCGGGAAGUGGAGUUGAUAAUUUACGAGUCUCGAUGAUUACACCAAGUGAUUGGAGACGAGUUGAUUCAUCGUAAUGAUAAAUUGACUCUCGUAAUAAUCCUUGAGUAUUUAAAGGUUCAUUGUAUGAAGGUUGAUUGUUACAAAGAUGAAGAAGUUUCAAAUUUCAUUGAUUUGAAAGGCGCGGUCCGAUAGAGAUAAACUUUUCAAAUGGUCAGUAACUGACCGUCAGUUAGAGCUGCACAUGUUAAAUUUUCAAAAUUUUGAAUUUCAAACAACUAAAGUUUCAAGAAAAGUUCUUUCUGUAUCUUUUAUCAAGUGGUUUAUUUUUUAGAUUGUUUCAUGUAACUUUCAACAAUGAAUAUCAACGAUUUACCUGAUGAUUGUUUACUUUUGAUUUUUGAUCAGUUUUAUCAAUUGCGACAAUUUGCUACAUUGAUGAAAGUUUGUAGGCGCUGGAAAAUAUUAGUGGAAAAGAGACUGAAGAAGAUCACUCACUUACACAUUGCAUUAAUCACUCCAUCUGAAAGAUUGAUGCAGCUCGAUGAUACUUGUGAACAAAAACAUCUUCCAUCGACUCAUGAAGGUGUUAUCACAAUAAGCCAAGACUUCUUGGAGAAAAUUGAACUCUCGGAGCUCCUUUCUAAUGUUAAGAUAAUCCAUCUUGAAAAUUUCGCUGAUAAUUGUCUCUGCGUUGCAUUAGCUCAUUUACUCACCAACGCGAAUCAAAUUAAAGGCUUGAGCUGUUUUGAUUAUCCACCUCAAAUGAAUCACGAAUGUAACAUCAUGAAAAGAAUAACACCAUUUCUGAGUCAUAUUCAAGUUCUACGAAUUAGUAAUUACGCAUUAUUAACAAGUUAUCUCAGAACUUUUGGUCAUCUUAAGAAAUUGAAAUCUCUUGGUUCUUCAAAUUACUUCCAGCCUGUAAAUUUACUCCAUGUUCUUAAAUUUGCCCAGUUUUUGACAAAUCUCGAGCGACUUGUUGCUUUUUGUGAUGAUGAGUUUGAUUAUCAUUUUAUUCAACUAGAAAGCCAUUUACCGAUAUUUGGAAAUCUUUUGCAUCUUCAGCUUCAAGAUAAAUCGCUAAAUGGAUCUAAUUUCAUAAAAUUCUUGAACUUGUGUCCAAAUUUAAUCAACCUUUCUCUGACUGUGUUUCUUGGUAAAAUGGACAGAAUUCAUCAAAUCAACAGAAACUUCAAUGUCCAAAGAUUGGAUUUAUUUUUACCUCCUGUGGGGCUAGAAAAGAAACUAAAAACUACUGAAAAGUUUCCGAACUGUCGAUACUUGAGUAUCAGUAGUGUAUGUGUACUACCUUCACAAGAUUUGAUCCAGAUUAUAAGUACAUUACCUAACUUGUCGUUAUUGCAUGUCCAAAAUGAUUGCACCGAUUUAGCAGAAAUACAAAUCGUGAAAAACUAUUGUCACUCGCAAAAUCCUAAAAUUGAUGUUUAUUUUGGUUCUACAGAUGAGAAACUAAUGAUGUCUCAUGAACUUUAUCGAAAGUUUUGUAAUUCAUUUCUACAUAUAUCAAGUCGGGAAGUUAAACAUUUCUGAUUUUCGAUUUAUAAUCGAACCUAACAAAAAAAUCGAACUGAUUAUAAUUCAAUAUCAGUUUGUUUGUAUCAUCUUUUGGCUUGAUCACAAUCAACAAAGAGAGAGUUUGAUUAAAUCCAUAAUUGUAUCAUGAUUAACAUUUUGUUAACUUCUAAUUUCACUUUGGUUUGAGGUUCGACUUCAAAUGAAGCUUCGGGAACGUUCAGCUCGAAAUCGGACAUUAUCUCAUCGCGAACCGACCCUUCCAGUGGAUCCAAUUUCUUUACCAAAGAAUCGGACAAGAAUUUGAACAAAACUGUUCGAAAG